CUCUCUGUCUCUCUCUAAAGAUACAUCACAAUUUCCACGUAACCACACAGCACAGCCGCACGCAACACACACACACAGUCACACACCAUUAAAUUAAAUACUCAGAAGCGAGCCCAGAAUUAAAACCUCCCGAGUCCGAAACCAAAAUAUGCCCUUUUAACUUCGCAAUCCAUGAAAUGUUGCUUCAGCAUUAUCAGUCUGGGUAGCAGUUGAAUUUCGAUUUCGUUUGGGUCGGGGGAGGGGACAAAUGGAAAAAAUGGAGCAAGUUUUACAAAAGAAAAACACCGAUUGCGUCUAUUUCUUGGCCUCUCCGCUCACCUGCAAGAAGGGGAUUGAGUGUGAAUACAGGCACAGUGAAAUUGCUCGACUUAACCCUAGAGAUUGUUGGUACUGGUUGGCCGGCAGUUGUGUUAACCCAACCUGUGCUUUUCGACAUCCUCCACUGGAUGGACGUACUGAAACGGCAUCUGAAUCUGCUUCUGCUGAUCAUCAGUCUGCGAUUACUGUGAACAAGACUAACGUUCCAUGUUACUACUACUACAAUGGAUUUUGUAGCAAAGGUGAGAGGUGCUCUUUCAUGCAUGGACCUGAGGAGAACACAUAUACUUGGAGAUCCUCAAAACAAAGUUCUGCGAUUGCUGAUGGUCCACCUUUGGAAGAAAAGAUAUCUACUGGUACUGGCUGUGGGCCUGUGCCUGCAGAAACUCAUUCAGCUCGAACUGAUCCCAAGAGCUUGGCAGGAACCAAGGUUAUUCCUCAACGGGAGUCCCGCCAAUUUACUCCAAAUAAUGUUGCAGAGCACUGCCAACCUGCUCCUAAUGAUGCUGCAGAGAAAAGUGUUUAUCCACAGAUUUCUGUGUCUUCAUCUGAAGAAGCUGCCACCAUCAGGUCAAAUUUCCAAAUUCACACAGAGGGCCUUGUCCACAGAAGAUCUCUCGAAUCAACUGAUCAAAGCUUUGACGAUGAAUUUGAUAACCAUAAUAGGCAGGAAGUGGAUAACCAUAUCGAGCGCGAAGAGUGGUUGGAAUCUUCUCCUGGGUUUGAUGUUCUUGUCAAUGAUAGAUCAGAAGACCUGGGUUAUGAAGAUGAAGCAUUGUACUUACCACACCGUGAUAUGGAAGAUAGAGAAUGCAAUGGUCAGCAUUUAGCAUAUGAAUACGAGGACAAUAUUGAGUAUGACCCUGCAUAUCCAGACAUAAGAACGUCUUUUGAACAGGGAAUACCAAAUUGGUAUCAGCAUGUAGAGGAGGAUGUUUGCAAUAUGUAUCAGAAAACUCCUUUUUAUGCAAGGGAGAGAGUGCUGGAUCACCCUCUGCCACGUAAGCGGAAAUUGUUGCAAACAGAAUUGGCGGGUAUGGACUUGAGGGAUUAUCUGAAGAAACGCAGGAUGCCUGAGAGUCAGGAUACCAAAUAUUUGUCAGACAGGCCUCACUUUUCUCAUCUGACUGGUAAAAUCAUAGAAAAGGCUUCCACUGGGGGUAGAGGGCAUUUACCUGGAAGACUGGCAUCAAAAGUGGAAUUUGCAGACAAAUCACGAAUUGAGACUGAAAAUUGCUCAAGCAGCACUUAUCAGCAUGGCAGGACAAGGCGUCCUAGUAUAAACAGGUCCAGGCUACAUACGAAAGAAAGGAAACAAGGAAAGGGGCAGAUUGUGUCUGGAGUCCCACGCAAGGCAGUGCCAAGGAAAAGGAAAUCUGCUCGAGAGUCUACUGUUUUUACAGGGCCUAAGACCCUAGCUCAAAUUAAAGAAGAGAAGGAGAAAGCACUUUGUGGUAGAACAGGAGAGGGCCAUUUAAGUGGUGAUGCAUGAGAAGAAACUUCAGCAUUUCAAUGCUUUUAAUUAAAAUGCUUGAGAUGAAGAGAAAAGGUAGGUUGGAGUUGGUGGUAGUAGUUUUAGCAGUUUGUGGAAUUUUGAUCUUUAAUGAACUGUAGAUUAGUAUUAAGAACAAUUUUGCACAGGAUGAUGUCAAGAAAUGGCUUAGGAGACCAACCUAAAGUCUGGAUAGUUAUGGGGAAGAGCCUACAGCCACAGGCACUUUUAUCACCAGAUGCACACAAUGAAGGCUUUGAAAAGGUGCUGUUAAUCAGCGUGCUUUGGACUUGCUGGUUUCUUUUUGUGCAAAAUACCCAGGAAUAAUAGAGGAGUAAAUCGGAAGGCUACGCAACUAGCUUGCUCUUUGGUUAAUCUUACCUGCUUAGACUUGUGGAAGAACAAAAAAAGAAAGAGUGAUAGCACAUGAAAGUUUUCGACCCUGAGACUUAGUUACCUCUCACUGCUACAUUGUAUUGGCGGAUACUGCAUUUAGUAAAACUGCAGGUUCCAUGGUUGCUCAUAGCUUCCCUUGGUAUGACUGUCGUAUUUUUCUGUCAUCAA